AUGUCUCGAACACACCCAAUGGCCUCAAGUUCAUUCCAAACCACAACAGAGUCUUCCCAGGAUAUAUCAACCCCACACAUUCCAACCCUAAGAUUACGAGCCGAGGAAGCACCAACUGACACCAGUGAAGCAACAUCGUCUUCUCGGCGAAUCAGAUGGAGUGAAGAUGUUGUUGACAACGAGGGCAUGGGAAAAAAAAGCUCAAAGGUAUGCUGCAUCUACCACAAAGCCCGGCCAGUGGGAGAAAGUAGCUCAGAAGAGUCCUCAUCUAGCUCCUCGGAGAGCGACAGCGAAAGUGAAGACGACCGUUGCACUUCCAGAGUCAACCGCGCUCGCCACACAAACUCACACAAUGGAGGGCGGGAACCCCACGGCGAGCACGAGCACGAGCACGAACAUGCGUCCCACGAUGACGAAGGGUGUUGCUCCGAAGAUCACAAUCCUAAACCGAAGCGUUAUCGCAGGAAGCCGAGUCCGAAUGCAUAUGAGAAGAUGCCCAAGUCAUUGAAGAAUCAGCAUCAAAGUCAUGCGAGGGGUACUUGA